CCUAUGUCCUUGGUCGAGGGUGCUAAAAUCUCCAAGGGUAACGUGAGUACUCAGGCGGAAGCCACAGGUCUGAGUGCCACUGGAGCUACUGUGACUGCGACGAAUCAGACGAAUACCCCGGGUCUGGUAGUCGGUGAUGCUACUGGGGUAAACAAAACGAAUAGUUUUUUGACUAGACAGGAAAGAGUGACUAUGGACGACAGCGACGACAACCUCUCAGGUCUGAAAGGGUUAAACCUUUAUGAGACUGAUGAGGAGGACUUACUCAUGGUGUCCUCCGAGCCGCUAAAAGCGAAUGAAGACGUACAUCCGGAGGCCCAUGACCCUGCAAAGGGAGACACAGAACAGAAAAACAGGAAACAGGACUCAGAACAGGACGAACGGAAAAGGUUGGCGGGCUACAAACGCUCUCUCCGGUAUGUCAGGACGUUGGACUCGCGAGAUCCCGCGUCUUUGACCACCAGGGAAAAGCGUUUGCGGCGUAAACAUACCUACCACAUACAGAAGUAUGAGGCCAUGCUAAAUACUACUGUUGUGGAGGUAAGGCCAGCCAAGACUAAGACCGAACCAAACCAGAGCAGGCAGGUGAUCACAUCUAAACAUGUGCCCCAUGCCAGCACUGGACCGAACACGAUCAUCGUCUCGGAGGAUCUUGACGUACGCCCAUCUACAUCAAAGAGGGCCACGUCGGGGCCAAAGAGAGGUGAUGACCAAUGCGGCACGACGAAGUCUGCUAGCACAACACCCAAGGUGCUGUCCGCAAUCUCCUCUACUCGAGGAACCGCGAUGGCUUCCAAAGGUACAGCAAGCAGGCCUAGUAUUAAGCGGCAAAGGUCAGGUGAAACGCAGGUGUCUGAGGGUAAGCGGCUGAAACCAUCAACUAGCUUAACAUCAGCACCUGAGCUACAAGUAGCCAUCAUAGAUCGUAGUCAACCUGAUGGGAAAAUGACUACGGACAGAUGGCUGCUUCUGGAGGAGAAGAUCUUGCGGGCACUAGUGGACGAACUCGCAUGCAGUGAGGAUGAUUCCUUCACUGCAUUCGAUGGCGCCAAAUGGUUAAAGGGUGUCAAGAUCAUCGGGUGCGGUAACGAGAAGGCCCUAGGCUUUCUCAGUAACUGUAUCCGAGGAGUUGGCGAACUCUGGCCCAAUGCAAGAAUCGAAAUCGUCCCACUGGAUCAAGUACCUUUUCGUACGACGGUGAGAGUGUGGGUCCCUCCUCCCCUUUUGGAGGACGAAGCCACGCUAACACUUAUAAAGCGUCAGAAUAAGGAACUUGGUACAGAGGACUGGACGAUUGAACGAGGGCGCUCUAGGGACAAAGGAGAAGGCAAGGAUCUCUGGAUCAAAAUUGGUUCAGAAUCCCUCCGACUCCUGCGUUCUUCGCAAGGCGUCAUCAAAUACGGGCUAAACCAACUCCGGUUGAUCUUGCCCGCGGUGAAGCGCAAUGAUGAACCCAAGCGGCCUGAGAGUGGUACAGAUUAAUCUGCACCACUCCGAAGCAGCAUCGGACGAUUUGCUGCGCUUCAUGGAGAAGGAAGCUAUCCACGUGGCCUUAAUCCAAGAACCCUGGCUUGUAGCCAGUAAAGUUCGAGGCGUCCGGUCACGAAACUAUGUGCUCCUUUCUCCGAACCCUGAAGUUCUGGUGAUUUAACGGUAGUUGCACUAGAGCGACAAGGGUUACCAACCCUAAUCAUAUCAUCUGCGUACCUACCAUACGACGAAGCUAAUCCGCCCUCACGUGCCGUACGCACACUUGUAGACUGGUGUAACACAAGGGGCCAUGAUCUCAUCAUAGGAUGUGAUGCUAAUGCCCAUCAUACUCUGUGGGGGAGCUCGGAUAUAAAUGACAGGGGUGAGUGUUUACUUCAAUACCUUCUAUCUACUAACCUAAGUGUUUGCAAUAGGGGUAAUAUACCAACGUUCUUCAAUAGGAUCAGGGAGCAGGUCAUUGAUAUUACUUUGGUAGGGAACACUGACUCAGUUAGAAUUCUUGAUUGGAGAGUUUCACUCGAGUGCUCAUUCUCCGAUCACCACAGGAUAGUGUUUACGAUACAGCUUACACUGGAUAGGGAAAAACCCUUUAGAAAUCCUAGGAAAACCGACUGGGUCAAAUUCUGUAAUCUUAGUGACACCAUACCACAUCCAGCAAUGGAUAGAUUAAAUGGUACACGGGACUUGGACGACUCGGUGGAUUUUCUAUCCAGGUCAUUAAGGGAAGCCUACUAUGCUUCGUGUAGGGAGCGGCAGGGACCUAGGAAAUUCCGGCAACCAUGGUGGAAUCCUAGACUAAUGCAGCUAAGAAAGGAAUGUAGAAAACUUUUUAAUAAGGCGAAGAGGGACCAAGACUUGUUAAGCUGGGACGAUUAUCGUCAAAGCUUCAACACUUUCAAGAGGGAAACCAGACGGGCAAAGAGGGAAUCUUGGGAGCGUUUCUGUGGGGAACUGGAGAAUACCACGGAGGCAUCGCGUCUACGAAAGGUACUAUCCAAGGAUCCUGGUACGCCUGGAUUCCUGAUGAAACCGGAUGGUAACUUUACUGAAAGUAGUAUCGAAACUUUGGAACUGCUAAUGGAGACACACUUUCCGGGUUGCAGGGAUGAUGAAAAUGAGGUAUCCGCUUCGGAGCAUCUUGCAGCUUCUCAAAUCCACAUAAGUGAAUUAGUUAGAUCCAUUGUUAGCGUGGAGAAAAUCUCGUGGGCGGUGUCAUCUUUCAAGCCCUAUAAAUCACCAGGGCCAGAUGGCAUAUUCCCAGCGUUACUCCAAAAAUCGAUUUCAACCAUCAUGCCAUGGCUUAUAAUGAUAUUUAGGUACAGCCUGGAAACAGGAUACAUCCCUAAAGAAUGGAGAGAGGUUACAGUGGUAUUUAUCCCCAAAGCGGGAAAGGUAAACCACAGUACCGCAAAGGACUAUAGACCGAUCAGUCUGUCAUCGUUUUUAUUGAAAACACUGGAAAGAUUGGUCGAUAUCCACGU